AUGGCUGAUAUGUUUGUGAAGAGCAGAAUCAGGGGUGACAAAGUGACCCUGUUCAUAAAGGCAGGCUGCCCUUACUGCAGGAACGCCAUGGAGAUGCUCAAGAAAUACAACUUCAGGCCCGGACAUCUGCAAGUGUUUGAUAUCAACGGGUUGGAGUACAUCCAUGAUUACUUCCAGCAAACAACAGGGCAAAGAACCGUCCCUCGCGUGUUCAUUGGAAGACACUGCAUCGGAGGAUUUUCUGACCUGGAGAACAUGUACUGGAAGCUCCCUGGAAUUCUGCAGCAGAUUGGCGCCCUGCAGUAG